GUUUGGAAUGCGCCCGACUUCUACUUUUCUACAACAUAAAAGAUGAGGAAUUUGGUACAAAUUUGAACGCCUCAGAUCGUGAUGGCCAUACUCCUUUACACCAUGCUGUCUAUGGUGGACAUAUUAAUAUGGUUCGAUUGCUUCUUAUGAAUGGGGCUUCUGUGAAUGCUUUCGAUAAAAAUGAUCGCAGAGCAAUGCACUGGGCUUCCGCAUGCAAUCUCACAGGCAUAAUUGACUUGCUAUGUGAGUUUGGGGCCGAGGUCAACUGUCGAGAUAGACUGCAGUAUACCCCUUUGCAUGUUGCGGCGGCUUUGGGAAACAUGAGUGUAUUUAUCCGGUUAAUUGAACUCGGAGCAGAUCUUGAUGCUCGAACUCAACGGUAUAACUCAAUAUUGCAUUUGGGUUGCUUGAAUGGCCAGAUUGAAGUUGUGAAGAAAUGUCUGAGCAUUCUAGCAGAAGAAUGUCAAGGUAGUGUCACUGAUUCAAGUUUGAUUCUUGCCUUGAAUCAGCGCAAUUUGGAUGGGUAUGUUCCACUUCAUCUGGCUGCAAUGAGCUCCAACGAUGGCGAAUGCUUGGAGUUUUUAAUCAGUUUUUACAAAAAUUUUCUUGAAACCGACGGAAGGGAAUCUUCUAAGUCUCUUCUGAAUUUGGAAUUAACUGCAGGUGAAGGUGGUUGGACUCCCCUGCAUCUGGCUGCUAUUUAUGGGAGACAUAGGCAGGCGCAGACUUUACUGAAGAAUUCGGCGAAUGUGAAUUCGAUUGACAAUCGUGGCUUCACGCCCCUUCAUAUGGCAGCACGACAGGGUCACCAACUCGUUCUCUGCACUCUACUUGACGCCGGGGCUCUUUGGAAUGCUCGUGCUCAUCAAGAUGGUAUCACUCCUCUACACUGCGCCACCAUCUCGGGAUUCUCCGUCUGCUUCAACCGUCUCUUGGACAUAGCUAAACGGAGUUGGGAUGAGGCCCGGGAAGAAACGGUUUCCAUAUCUGAAACGGAACACCUAAAAACGUACUCUUCGACUUACACUGCUGCUCUGCAAUCGUUUCGUGACGAUUUGGGUCGCAGUCUUGUACAUACAUCAGCUUUGGGUGGUUCUGUUGAUUGUUUUCGCACUCUCCUUCUUUCCGGUGCAUCGCCAUUUGACCUGGAUGCCAUGGGUCGGACCCCACUGCACUAUGCCCUUCUUUCAAAUCGGUUAAAAGGCUACUUGGAGGAACCCCAAACUCGUGUUUCCACUAAGUCAACACCAGUGGCUGAAAUUGUCAGGGUCCUGUUGAAGUUGGGUGUUGAUCCUAAUCAUAGAGAUGUACAUGGAUGUACAGCGCUUCACUUGGCUUCGGCGUUUGACACCGAAGGGUCUUUGAUUCGCGCUCUUCUACUUUAUGGAGCUAAUAAAAAUGCGGUGCUAUCUCGCAGUCCCACUAAGAUUUACCCUAAUGAAGACAAUGACUCCUGUUCAUCCGCUUCAUUUUCCGUAUCCGAAUCGAGCCAACCAAGUCACACGGUGACGAAGAAUUGCAUGGUGCUUAGAGGCGGAAUUCAUAACGGCCAAUUUUCUUCCCAUGCUCUUUCUAGUACUACCUCUGAGGAGCAAUUGUGUAUCCAGAAUGCAAUCCUCACUCCUCUUUCUAUUCCCUUUCAAACAGUUGUACAUGUUAUGGCAGCUUACUAUCCUCUUCAUAUAGCUGCUGCUAUGGGCAAUGUAGUGGGAGUGAAAAUAUUCGUACAGGAUUUGUCUACCAGGGAAAGCUGUCUUCUAAUCUUGGAUUCAGCGAAGAUGACGCGGUAUGUGCCGAAAAAUCCUGACUGCAUCGCGGCUUUCGAAGGGAGUAUAUUGAAGGCGAAGACUGAAACCUCGAGCCAUUUUUUUUAUUCUCCACUCUUUCUCGCUGCCUUUAGGGGUCAUACUGAUUGUGUUAAGGUUCUAAUGAACAGCUGUAAAUCACGAUCGUAUUCGGAGCGGGAUGAAAUGUUGACGGAGGAAGGGGAAGACGAUUUCAAAAUAACAAUAGACGCGAACAUCGCUGUAAAGGAUCAGAAGAAGUUCAACGUCGAGGAGAAGAAAGAAAAUGGUAGAAAUAGCGAAGUUAAUGCGGCCCUACAAGAAGGUGGUCGCCGUCUUUCUUUCUUCCAUCAUCCUCCUCUUUCUGACGCCCGUCCAUGUGGCAAGCUCACGGACCCCCUUGGGCGUACUCUUUUGCAUUAUGCUGCUUAUGCUGGCCGCCUGGAAACUUGUCAAUUCCUGAUAGCUUAUUCACUUUGUCAGGCUGAUCCUACAUUGCUGGAUGGUGUUUAUGGAUGGACAGCUGUGCAUUAUGCCGCUUCACAGGGUCAUAGUUCUGUUGUGGGGUUUCUUCUUCGGUACUCGGCAAAGGAGAAUCCAUCACUUGAUCUGGUAAAUGCCCGAGACAGGGAAGGACGUACGGCACUCAUGUUAGCGGCAGAAAACAUGCACACAUCAGUUAUUGAACUACUGUGUUCUCUAUCUCUACUACCAUCGAGACCUGUUUCCGUUUACGAUCACUCUUGCGAUCCACAUAUAGUUCGCCGGGUCACUAUUGUUGACAAACAUGGCAGAACCGCCCUCCAUCGAUCAUCGGCUCUGGGUCAUGCAGAGGCCGCUAAAAUACUUCUUCAGACUGGAGCUUCUCUUACUUUGGCUGAUGAAAAUAGCAGACAGGCGCUUCAUUUCGCGUCAAUCAGUGGCAGUAUAGAAGUUCUAGAUGUUCUCCUGCAAACAGUGGAUAAUUUGAUUGGGUUACAUGAGGCUGAAAAUACCAGAGUAUUAAUCCCUUUGGAUUAUCGGGGCUUUACGCCGUUACAUUACGCUGUUCAAGGCGGCCAUCUUACCUGCAUUGAAAGACUCUUAAAGGUGGAAUCGUACAAAUCUCUCGUGGGUAAUACAUAUACACCGCUACACUGUGCUGCUAUGUUUGAGAAUGUGUCAAUAAUCCGAACUCUUCUUGCGGCAUUCCCUGUUUCUAUGCUAAAAUUGAAGGAUGCCCGCGGAAGUACGCCACUCCAUAUAGCUGCAAUGGCCAAUCUUGCCAAGGUCGUCCAAACGAUACUUCUUCAGAAUCUGGGACAAGAAAGAGACGCAAUUAGUUGCCUUGACAACAAAGGUCGUACACCACUAAUGGCUGCAGCUCUCCAUGGAGCUGCUAAAACGGUGGAUUUUCUCCUCUUAUACCAACGGAAUCUAGAGGACGAUCCCAUUCUUUCCAUUGGUAGAAGGGAUCUCGAGGGCUCUAACGUCCUGCACUUAGCUCUUUUUGGGCCCAACGAAGACACAGCGUUGUGUUUGAUCCGCAGGUCUGAUUUUCAAGAGUUGAUAAAUGAAGUGCUUGCAGACGGUCGCACACCUCUGCAUUUGGCUGCGGAGAAGGGCUUCACAAGAACUGUUAUUGAACUCAUCAAACGUGGUGCCAAUUCAUUCGUGACUGACAAAACUGGGAAACUGCCUAUUUGUGGUAUCGUUAAAUCCAUGCAGUAUUCCGAGUGUCAGUUGGCUCUCCUCUUGGACAUGCUGCCUCAACUGGCAAACACAAUUGAGGCUCCACAGCAGUCAACUUUCGUAUCUAGACGGACCUCUCAUAACCUCAUGGCAGACUCUAUUCGCAGUUCUGAUCCAGAAUUUUACUAG